AUGUCGGACGACCCAGGGUCAGGGGUGUGGGUGUUCAAAAACGGCGUGGUCCGGCUGGUGGAGAACCCGGGGAGCGAGGCGGGGACGCUCCCGAGGAGGAAGGUGCUGGUGCACGCGCCGAGCAACGAGGUGGUGACGUCGUACGCGGUGCUGGAGCAGAAGCUGUCGGAGCUCGGGUGGGAGAGGUACUACGACGACCCGGAGAUGCUGCAGUUCCACAAGAGGUCGUCGGUGGAGCUCAUCAGCCUCCCCAAGGAGUUCCACAAGCUCAAGUCCAUGCACAUGUACGACAUCGUCGUCAAGAAUCGCACCAUGUUCGAGGUCCGCGACGGCUGA